AUGAAUUAUCAAGCAUCCAAUACGUAAUAGCUGCCACCAUAAUAUCAAAAUUUUUCUGGCUCUAUGUAUUCAUUCCAGUAGCAGUAGCCACAAUACUAGUAAGAAAACUAUCAAGUAAAUCCUUUCUCAUUUUUCGAGUCUCAGCGGAGCAUGUAACAAAUGCGGAUGCCUUCAGGUUAUUCUGCACAUUACCAGAAUAUUCAAGAGACUUUGUAUUAUGAACCGGGUGACGGAGAGAUAUUUGUAUAUUAUGAUGAUGUGGCAAACUUGCAGAAGAUGGUGACUUGCAUUGAUAUAUCCACGCUUUUCAAAGAAAAAAGAGCCAAAGCUAUAGCUAUUACUAAUUUCUUAGGUUAGGUUAGAAAUGCUAACAUAGUCCAAAUCUAUUCGCACUAAAUAAUUGAUGAAAAAUAUGUAUAUAUAGAAAUGGAGGUGCCUCAAAACUUGUCGUUGUGGAAGACCUUCUGCAAAAAGAAAUUUAUGCCUGAUGAAGUGUUCAACAUUAUUAAAUAGGUAGGAUAGGGACUUGAAUUCUUACAUAAUCUGUGUUUCACCCAUCGAGAUGUGCAUCCUAGCAGAUUCUAGUAGUUUUAGAAUAACGUCAUCAAGUUUAAUCCAAUUGGGUUGCCUUACAAUUUCAAAAAACUCCUAAAAAGGGAAAACUUCUCUGGCCACAUUAACUAUUCAGCCCCAGAAUUGAUCCUUGAAAAGACUAUGUUUUCUUCAAAAGUUGAUGUCUGGUCUUUAGGCUGCUCUCUUUACUACCUCGUUAUAAAAAAAGAUCCUUUCGAUGGACCUGACCCAAAUGAAAUCAAGAGGAAUAUCCUAAACUUAAACCUUGAAAAAAAUCAAUAUAUGAUGAUCCCAAUGUUUUUAAGACCAAUAAUUGAAGCUUGCUUUAUCCUGGAUGAAAAUGUCCGACCAACUACAAAAUAACUUAUGCUAUUAUUAAACUAAAUGUAACAAUCUUUCAAAUAUCAAAACUAAGAGCCACCUAGACCCAUUUAAAAUCAGUAAAUUCCAGUAUAAUAAAUGAAUAGCAGCAAUAAUAUAGGAUAUCAGCAAUGCACAAAGAUCGGAGGAUAAAAUCAGUUCUAUCCUUAGUAAACAAUGCAAAUGGUGGCCCCUUCUCAAUUAUAUCAAAACAUUAACCAAUCAGCUUACUCACCUAUGAAAAAUUAAAAUAAUAGUGUUUACUCUGGUAGCCCAAUCAAAUAGCAAAUUAUUCCUACUCAAUUUACUGAAUUUAUUCCUUAAUCAAAGAGGGUAAGCCAGUCUUAAAACUUUAAUUUUAUCUAGAGGCCAUAACUUUCAUCAGAUCAUCUAAUUGAUCAGAUGAACUAAAUGAGCAUUGGCUAGUAUUAGCAUAAAAAUUACGUAAAAAGUAAUCAUUCUUCGAGUUUAUUUGACAUGGAUAAUACUGAUAAGAUAGACUCUUAUGAAAGUAAAGAUAGACUCACAAACUACGAUAGCAACUUAUCUGAAGACCCCUAUAACGAAUAAUAAUUUUCAUUCUCUCCUAAUUCAAAGCAGCAUCAAUUAGCAGAGGAUAAAUUAGUUUUUCACAACAGGCAUAGUUAAAAUGAAAUCAAAGCAUUCAAUGACAAUGAAGGUAAUUAUUACUAGGGAGAAGUCUUCAAUAAUCAAAAGCACGGAUAAGGAAAGUAGAUGUUCGCUAACCAGAGUUUUUAUGAAGGUCAUUGGAAAAAUGAUCUUAUGGAUGGAUAUGGUAAACUUGUUCUCACUACUGGGGAAAUUUACAUUGGAUCAUUCGUUAAAGGAAAGAGACAAGGAAAAGGUAAACUUCUCAUCAAGCCAAGUGGGGAAGUUUAUGAAGGCGACUGGAAAAAGGAUAAGAUGACAGGAAAAGGAAAAUACUAUUAUACUAAUGACAAAGAAUUCGAGGGAGAUUUUGUCGAAGGAGCACCUUAUGGAUUCGGCAUCAUGAAAUGUCCUCAGUACUACUAUGAAGGCUACUUCAAAAGUGGUCUCUUUGAGGGCCAGGGGAAAUUCAUUGAUAAAAUCAACAAUCAAGUCUUUGAAUGUGAAUAUUAUGAUGGGAAACGCAGGGGUAAGGGUAAGUAAAUAAACAUUAUCUCAGGGGAUUCUUUCGAAGGAAUUUGGCUUGAGGAUAAGAAAAAUGGGCCAGGAGUCUAAAGUUACAAACAACUGGGCUAUUCUAUUAAGGGUAUCUGGAAGAGUGACGAAAUCGAAACUGUAAAUAUUAUUCACGACUAUCAUAUUAUCGAUGACGUAAACGAAUAUUAAUUUUGA